CACGCCCGUGAACGAAGCUCCAGCAAGUACCAAAGGUAACAAGCUGGAAAUUAGGCGCCGAGGAAGAGAGAGAUGACUCUGGGACUGAUAAAUGCGAACCCGGUGGUUCAUGCCAAGAAGGAGAGGAUCGCUCGCACCGAAGAUCUUCACGCCGAUGACGCCGUUGAUCCUCUCGAAAUCUAUGAUUUCGUGAGGGAUAUAAGAGAUCCUGAGCAUCCGUAUUCGUUAGAGCAGCUCAGUGUUCUUUCUGAAGAAUCUAUUACUGUUGAUGAGAAGCUUGGGCGCAUUCUGAUAACUUUCACACCAACCAUACAGCACUGCAGCAUGGCGACAGUAAUUGGUUUAUGCCUGAGAGUUAAACUAAUGGAGUGUUUUCCUCCACAUUUUAAGGUAGAUAUUAAAGUAGCUCCUGGAUCUCAUGCAAAUGAAGAAUCAGGCAAUGCAUAAAGAGGAAGUGUUAUGGGUGCUCAGGUUGCAAAUGAGUUGAACUGGAGUAUAAUGCUGCUUGAGGCAUGAGCUCAGCUUCCCGAACUACAACACAGUUCAGAGGAGCCUGAGGUUAAUAUACUUUAGCUUGAGCUCAGCUUAAUAGCUACGGAGCUCAGCUUCCUGAGUUACAAUACUGUAAUGUAUCUUAGCUCGAGCUCAGCAGCUCAGCUUUUCUGAAUUACAGCACUGUUCAGAGGAGCCCGAGUUUAAUUUUUUGUUUGAUAAGUACCUUAGCUUGAUCUGAAAAAAUCUUGAAAGUGGUCCUUUUCCUGGGCACUUGUCACAUCCUAACUAAUUGAAAGAGUGAAACAGGAAGUUACCUCACUUGGUGUAAAUGUCAGUAGCUAUGUCACCUUUUAACUUAUUUACUUUCAUUAUAAAAAAACUUUGUGUUCUCAAGUAGCAUAGUUAACAUCUUAAAAAAUUAAUGGAAACUACACACUCGUCUCCUGAAAUUUAUUCAUGAACCAUGACAACCAAGCUUGGUUCCGGUAGGACUCAGCCCAUUUACUAGACAACCUUAGUUCAAAGAAGCUCAGUUAUGAACUGAAUCGGACCUGUUGAUCAUCAGUUUGGGUGCUUCAGUUUUUGCAUCACGCCCUCCACAUUGUGACUUUGUGAGUGCAAGGAAAUAUAGAAGUGGACUGCAGAAAGCUAUGAGUUUAGUGUGAAUGAGGAAACCCUAAAGAAAAUAAUGGUGAAAAGAGACUAUCUAAAUAGGAAGCAGAGAAAGUAAGAAAAUUGGCUUUCCUGAUAAAAAGUAGUUGCCAUUUUUAAAAUUUCAAUAUGCAUAACAUAGGUUUUCAUUUUAGCCUCAUUUGCUUCCCUCUUCAUUUCCCUAAUUCGGUCACUCCAGACUAACAUAAAAACCAUGGUUAUUU